GGCGGCGCCACGCGGCCGGUUUGAACGGGGUCGGCAGCGGCGAGAUGGCGGCGGCGGAGCUGCGGGGCACCGUGGCCGUGGAGGAGCCGCUGCCGGGCGGGGCGGCCCCGCGGCGCCGCGUGGUGCGGGGCGCGCUGGUGCUGCUGGGCCGCAACGAGCUGCGGCAGCCGGUGCUGCGGGUGCUCGGCGGUACCGGCACGGCGCUGAGCUUCCCGCUGAGCGGCGACGCCGUGCGGCUCUUCACCCGCUUCGCCGGCGAGGGGCGGGCGGCGGUGCGGCUCGGCCCGGGCGGCGCCCAGCUGCUGCUGUCCGACUGCCCGCCCGACGCCCUGCGCCGCUUCCUGCGCCUGCUGCGGCACAAGCUGGCCGCCGGGCCCCGGGGCGCCCCGCGCUGCCCCCGCCUGCUGGCCCGCCCGCCGCCCGCCUUCGCCAUCAUCAGCCCGCUGCGGGAGCGGGACGCGCUGCGCAGCCCCCGGGGGGGUGCCGCUGAGGAGCCGGGGCAGCGCCCGGCGGAGGUGCCCCGAGCGCAGCGGCGGCCCCCGGCGAGGCUGUCGGCGGAGCAGGAGGCGGUGCUGGGCGCGGUGCGCAGCGGGCAGGGCGUCUUCUUCACCGGCUGCGCGGGGACCGGGAAGUCGUUCCUGCUGAAGAAGAUCGUGGGUUCCCUCCCUCCCAACAGCACCUAUGCCACGGCCAGCACCGGGGUGGCAGCUUGCCACAUCGGCGGCACGACGCUGCACGCCUUUGCAGGGAUCGGCUCCGGGAAGGCACCGCUAGAGCAGUGCAUCCAGCUGGCAGAGAGACCUGGUGUGCGCCAGCACUGGCUGGCCUGCCAGCACUUAAUUAUUGAUGAGAUCUCAAUGGUGGAUGGCAACUUCUUUGACAAGCUAGAGGCGGUAGCAAGAGCAGUGAGGAAACGGGAUGAGCCUUUUGGAGGAAUUCAGCUGAUCAUCUGUGGGGACUUCUUGCAGCUACCCCCAGUGUGCAAGGCUAAUGAAGAAAUCAAGUUCUGCUUCCAGGCAAAAAGCUGGAGGAAAUGCAUCCACAUAAACAUGGAGCUCACUGAAGUGCGGAGACAGACCGAUAAGACGUUUAUCUCGCUCCUGAGUGCAGUCCGUUUAGGCAGGUGCACAGAGGAGGUUACCAGUCUGCUGAUGCAGACAGCUACUAACAGGUCUGAGCGUGAUGGGAUCCUGGCUACACGGCUCUGCACUCACAAAGAUGAUGUAGAACUGACUAAUAAGAAACGCUUGCAACAGUUAUCAGGAGAAGUGCACACUUUUGAGGCUUUGGACAGUGACCCAAUGCUCGUGAAGUUAAUUGAUGCUCAGUGUCCUGUGGGUAGUAAAAUUGCGUUAAAGGUUGGAGCUCAGGUGAUGCUAGCUAAGAAUCUGGAUGUGUCUCAAGGGCUGGUGAAUGGAGCACGAGGAGUAGUUGUGGGAUUUGAAAGCGAUCAGAAGGGGCUGCCCAAGGUGAGGUUUCUCUGCGGGGUCACACAAAUCAUCAAAAUGGAGAGGUGGGUCUUCAAAGGACCAUCUGGAGUUCAUCUGAGUCGCCAGCAGUUGCCCCUAAAACUGGCAUGGGCCAUUUCCAUUCACAAGAGUCAGGGCAUGUCUCUAGAUUGUGUGGAAAUCUCCCUGUCUCGUGUCUUUGAAAGUGGGCAGGCUUACGUAGCCCUUUCCCGAGCCCGUAGCCUUGCAGGUCUCCGUGUUCUGGAUUUUGACCCCAAAGUUGUGAGAGCUGAUCCUUCUGUGUUGCAGUUUUAUAGACAACUGAGACGUCAUCAUCUUCUAACCCAGGAUUCACUACACACCCGUUCGGAUGCUGAUGAGAAAGAGAACUGGAAAAGCAGCUGAGAAUGCGUUUCUGGCCUCUGUGAGGCAUCAACACAAAUGGUUGAGUUGCAGUGAUCUUGCUGUUGAGUAUAUUAGAUAAUGUAGAUGAAGUCAGAAGAUUUUUUUUUUUUUAAAUGUUUGUUUCAUUUAGCUGACUCUGGAUGUAUAGAAGUGUCCCUGUCUUGUGCCUCUGAAAUUUAGAAGUCCUCUGCAGUCCCUUUUUGGGUCCACAGUCCCAAGCACUUGUGUGUCUCCAGUGUGACUCUAGCAAGCAAAAUGAUUGAAUGAGGAUGUUGCUGAGGGACCUUCCUAUGGUUCUAUCCUGUCUGCCUAGCUGCAUUUUUAUCCUGCACGUAUAUGGACUGCGAAACUUGUAUUUUUCAAGUGUACCACAGCUGGGAGAUAGGACGUGUGUGUCCACUUUGCCUGAAUGAACUGGAUCUGUUCACUAGAGCUGCAGACAUGAGGGAAAGCAAUGUAAAGUAUCUGGAAUACAUGUGAUUCUCCUGCAAGUGUCGAGCUGCCAGGAGCCAGACUAUUCCUUCAUAUUCUGUGUCGGGAUGUUUUUGCGUUUAAAAUGUUUAACACUAGUAGGCUUCGCACAACUUCAUCCACAAACAAAACUGUAAAAUAUUGUGCAUUCUAUUAUGCUGAUACACAUUCGUUUUGUUAGCCUGCUGUGUACAGUAACACAUGGUUUUAUUUUUUUAAUCCUUCUAAGAUGAGUGUCACUGUUAAAGUUAGGAGCAAGUCCUACAUUUUCUACCCAUAAUCGCGGAACUACAGGAAUUGGGAAGAUCCAUUACACCUAGAGCAAGAAGGGAGUGAGCAGAGAGAGGUGCUGAUGGGACUCCUGUUUGUUUAAACACAUGAAGCUCUUUCAAGGGGAGGGUGUUUGUUAGAAACAAUGCAGAGCUAGUGAGGUAGAAGUUGAAUGUAUAAUAGGGAAAUGGCCAAGGAUCUGGAAGUGAACUGUAACCACUUAUUUCAGCAAAAAGAGGGCUGAACAGAACUAAUAUACUGUCUUUUUAAAGCCUUAAUUAAGGGGAUGAUUUGCCCUUUGUAUUUCAGCAUAUUGCUUAUAGCAUAAGUAACUUAUAUAUUUUUAAAUGUUUAGUAUGCAGGAAUAAUGUGAAAUAACAAUGUCCGUUACAAUGAUGUUUACUCAUGGGUUAGAUUGUUACAAAGGAUAUACCAGCCAUUUCCUCUCAUAUACAAUACAGCGAUUUAUUGACAGAUGAAAAUAGUAAUGAGCUGAGAGAUUUUAAAUGAUUUUAAUUUGCAUUAAAGUUCUGUAAUAACAAGAUAACCACUUAUCUUAAACUCUAAGUUAUGCACAAUGUGAAUAAACUAUUGUGAUCUUCUUGAAGCAGCUGACUUAACUGCAGCUCUCAUGGGUUAAGGACUGAUAUUACCAGUUGUAUGUUUUUUUUUUUUGUUUUUGUUUCGUUUUGGUGCUGAUUUGAGUUUAGAGAUAAAAAACAGAACUUAAAGCUGGAAUGGAUAAUAACUUUCAUGUUAAUAUUAAAUGUAUGUGAAAUAUUAGGGUUGCCCUUUCGGAGGUGAGGCAUUGGAAACAGAAUAGAAGUGAGUUAUGAUGGCUUGGCAGUUGACCUAAGGCUGAAAGGGGUUUGUCUCUAAAUUUUGGAUGUUCUCACUCACUUCCAGCUAAAGCAGGUGUAGGCUGCAGUUGAAGACUGCUAUUUAAGUCCUGAAAGGGGCAGUUAAGACAAAUACGAGCUGUCAGCCUCUGUUAUGGCUCCACUGCAGUCAGGACUGUGAUGAGGCUUUUUUAAUAGAAUAAAGCACCCAUCUCUAUGAAGUAAAAAUCUUCUAGCAAUUAAACUGUUUGCCAAGUACCUUCAAAGGUGAAACAGACUCAAGUUGAGGAAAAUAAAUGUAAUUUGUUACCAGUUGAAAUAUAUUUGGAUAGUGAGAAACAGACAAAAAAUAAACAGAAAAAUACUUUGCUGCCA